UAUUCUGCCAACAUGGUGGUUCAAAUGAAAUAAAAAAGGACUCGUGAUUUCAGGUAAAAGAUAAAUCACCCACCCAUACCCCUCCAAUCAAAUUGUGCCACAUGUCAUGGAUAUUAUAAAAAAAUAGGAGUAUUUAGAAAUCCUGGGUUACAAUUACAAGUCCAACCGUUUCGGCAUAAUCCCAGAGUCCAGGCCAAGGCAGUUAACCUGUUCUAUACUCAUUUCCUUGCGGCUUUGCCUCUGCUACCAAGAAUAUUGCCGUGUCUCAAUCUCUGUUUCUCCUCUCUGUUCUUUCCUUUUUGUCAGUUUGUUUGCAACUUUCAGGUUCCUUAAUGCAAAGAAGACACGUGGAGCUCCUGCCAUUUUCCCCCAAAGAAAAUACAGAAACUGAGGCAGCGAUGCGCCAGCAAGCUCGAAGAAUUUUUCUGCUGUUUUGCAUGUCCCUGUCACAGUGGCUAGCAGCACCCACUGAAGAAACAUGGCGCAAACUUUUGGGCGGCCAUGCAUGAGCCUACUUAUUGGGGGGUGCCAAGGGAGCCGAGCUGUUAACAAGCUCGAUCCCCUCUCUGUCGUCACACACACAACAAUGGCUGUGAGUCGUCUUCUACUUCCGUUUCUCCUCCUAGCCGUCGCUUUUGGCGCCUACGACGGCGCUGGCCAGCCGCCGAUCAGCCGGAGAAGCUUCCCAGAGGGGUUCGUAUUCGGGACAUCCUCUGCUUCCUAUCAGUAUGAGGGUGGCGUGAUGGAGGGGGGCAGAGGACCAAGCAUCUGGGACACCUUCACCCACCAGCACCCAGAUAAAAUUAUUGACAGAAGCAAUGGGGAUGUGGCCGUGGAUUCUUACCAUCUCUACAAAGAAGAUGUGCGCCUCAUGAAGGACAUGGGAAUGGAUGCAUACAGAUUCUCCAUCUCAUGGACAAGAAUUCUUCCAAAUGGAAGUCUGAGCGGUGGAGUCAACAGAGAAGGCGUCAGAUACUACAACAAUUUGAUUGAUGAACUCUUGUUGAAAGGGGUGCAACCAUUUGUGACCCUUUUUCACUGGGACUCACCUCAAGCAUUAGAAGACAAAUACGGAGGAUUUCUUAGUCCUAAUAUGAUAAACGACUACAGGGACUAUGCUGAAGUCUGCUUCAAAGAGUUUGGUGACCGAGUCAAACACUGGAUCACGUUCAAUGAACCCGGGGGCUUCUGCUCAGCAGGGUAUGCAUCUGGAGUGCUUGCACCAGGCCGGUGCUCGCCAUGGGAGCAGGGCAAGUGCAGUGCUGGGGAUUCAGGAACGGAGCCUUACACCGUAUGUCAUCAUCAACUACUCGCCCAUGCAGAAACAGUUCGCUUGUACAAAGAGAAGUACCAGGCGGUCCAAGGAGGGAAGAUCGGAAUAUCAUUAGUCUCACUUUGGUUUCUUCCUUUGUCCCCAUCCAAAUCCAACAAUAAUGCGGUGAGACGUGCCUUAGAUUUCACAUUUGGCUGGUUUAUGGACCCCCUUGUUGGAGGUGACUACCCACUCAACAUGAAAGGAUUGGCGGGAAAUCGCCUGCCACGAUUCACAAAAGAACAAUCUGAGAUGCUCAAGGGUGCAUUUGACUUCAUCGGACUCAACUACUAUACUACAUACUACGCUGCUAAUCUUCCUCCUGCAAAUGGCCUUAACGUUAGCUAUAACACUGACUUUCGAGCUAAUCUUUCUGGUGUUCGAAAUGGUGUCCCCAUAGGUCCUCAGGCUGCUUCUCCUUGGCUCUACAUGUACCCUCGAGGCUUUAGUGAGCUUCUACUUUAUAUUAAGGAGAACUAUGGCAAUCCUACUAUCUACAUCACUGAAAACGGCUUUGAUGAAGCCAACAACAUGAGCUUGCCACUCCAGGAAGCCCUGAAGGAUGACACUCGGAUAGUGUACCACCACGGGCACCUCCUUGCCCUCUUAAGUGCUAUAAGGGAUGGAGCAAAUGUGAAAGGAUACUUCGCAUGGUCGCUGCUUGAUAACUUCGAGUGGGUGAACGGCUACACAAUCCGGUUCGGGCUAAACUUCGUGGACUACAACGACGGGUUGAAGCGGUACCCCAAGAACUCAGCACAUUGGUUCAAGGAGUUCUUGCAGAAAUAAACAAGGACCUUGCUUAGCUAAUGGAAGAUGCAUUAGGAACGGUGCAAGAUUUUAUUGGUGUACGUCGAUUGAUUUUGCAUAUGGCAUGGCAUGAAGGACAUUGUGUUAAAACAAAUGCAUUUGCGUUUUGCUGCAAUAAAGCAUGUCUGCGUUUG